GCGAGAUUGAGAAUGCCAUUCGCGAAAGGGUACGUACCUCCUCGGCAGUGUAGUGUUGUACCUCGAACUGAUUUCAGGUACUGUGAUGCCCACAGAUGGAGUGUCAGGUACUUUCAGCAGCACAAGGUACUUUUUACAGUGGAUCGCCGCGCCCCAUCCCCCCCAAGGUCUGAGGGAGGGUUUUAUUGACAUUAGGUGCCACCUAUUGGCGGACAAAAGAAGGCAAUCAGCGCUGUUCUCUCUCCUCCAACUCGGCCUGAGAAGAUCACGGAUGGAAGAACAAGGACACAACGUCGCAAAGGUGCUGGUGGCAGCAGCAGGCAUGAUUUACCACGGGGUAAGGUGGAUGGCACGGGAUGGAACGAAGGGGAAAAGGGACCAGAAUAAACGCAAAAAGACAACCACCCCGCUGCCCGCUGUUCUGUUCUCAGGGACCUCUUCCCAUCCAUCGAAACGACGCUACUUCGUCUUCCGCCCCCCUCCACCCUCCAGGCCCUGUGUGCCCCUCCAAAAAAAGACCCUUGCCGGCCGUUGCGGGAAUCCCACGUUGGAACCGAAAAGGUGGCGGAAGCUGCGAAUCUUGCUCAGCCACAUCACCAAUGAACUCGUCCAAAGUUCCUCUCUCUCACCUUUUUGCUUCAAUUCAGCCCUUUUCCUCUCAAAGUCCGCCUUGUCCAGCCGCUGGCCCAUGUCGCUCACACAUCCAGGCGCACACAUGAACGAACCACUGGCAUCCCACACUCGAGCCACUCCGUGAGCCAUGGGCCUCAACCGCCUGUCCCACAGUCGGCCGAGUGCCUUACUCAAGUUCCUAGUCUCUCCCCAUCUGUUCAACCUUGCUCCAAAGUUCCAACAUGGGUCUGAACAGGCGCAGCUCAUCUUCCCUUUACUACGUAUUCGCACGACACAGCAAGUCGAGGCUUUGAUCAAAGGCGUCGUUGCCAACGAGCUAAGCUAAACCCCCCCCCCCCCCCCC